AUGAAUGAGUUAGUCUCUUUGAGGAUGAUUCGUAAGGGAGACGAGGUAAUCUGGAAAUCGACUCACCUGAAAGCUUGCAGCGGCGUGUUCAAAGACAAAGACACGACUGUUCACGGGAUGGUUGACCGGUUCGACUCCAAACAGCCAAGAUGGAGUGCGGUUCUCUCAACACUGCGAAUGCGAUCGGCGAGACGAGAGAAAGAUGCCAAUGGCAGGGCGUUCGCAGAAGGAGAGCUGCGGGCCUUUGCGGGCUGUCACCGAGCGACCGCCUACGGUGAGGGUGGUCGCAAUCCGGAUGGUAAGAAAGAAGGGGUGAAAGUGGUGAAGGAGAGAUUUGAGGGCACUGGACACCGGGGGGCAAGCGGUUUUUAUACCUGGGGACCCAAGAACGCAGUGUCAGCAAAUGGAGGAUUGGAGGAGGUCGAGGAGUCGGAGAUACAAUUCGCGGCGAAGUUCGAAGUUCCCAAUCUUCAACCUCAGGCAUCAAAGGCUUGGCGGGAACUGCACUUUUGGUCUUUCUGA